GAAACAGACGACACUUUUGAUACUACAAAAUCAAAAGAGGAACCAGGAGCUAAAAAGGGCAUGAUUAAUGAAGUGAAUGCCCAAGGGAAGAAACGGGCUGAGAUAGCCAAAGGGGGACCUGCGACUGCAGAGCCAAAAUUACAGACCAUCAAAGUGAAAAAGGAUGCACCAACGCAGGAAAUUAAGAAUGUUGCCAUGGUGACACAGGAUGAGGAGGAACGUAUCAAAGCUGAGGAAAACAUGAUGGAUGUGGGUGAAAACGAGAAUACCAUCGUCAAGACUCCACUUGACGAGAAGAAAACGCCCAGUGAUGACAAGACCCUGCAAGAUGUAAAGAUAGUUAUUGACGAUGCAAAAAACCCUGGAAGAGUCAAACUUGACAAAAUCAUCCAAAGUGACAAAGAAGGAGAAGGUUUCCUUACCCCUAAUGGCAAUGCUGUGCUCCCGUCCAUCUCAGUUACGCCGCAUCUACCGAAACAGGAACAGGAAGUGAUAAAGGGCAGCAUCGAUGAUGUGGUCACCCAGAGGAAGGAAAGGGCUGACCAAGCCGAAGUGGAACUUGCCCUUGCAGAACAAGCAUUACAGAUUAUCAAAGUCAGAAAAGCGUUAACUGAAGCUAUUGAAGCACGUAACUCGAAGCGCCUCAUAGCGAUCACACAAGUGGUACGAGACAAGAACUAUGAGUUUGCCAUGAAGGACGAGAUGAGGAAGGCCAGGAAUCUGAUGGAGAGGCUCCAGCACAUCCGGAAACUGUGGCACGCCGUUCUGGAGCUGGACCAUAACACUGUGGCAGAGGUGAAAGGAUACGCCGCCCCUCCUCCUGCAGUCAGCAAGGUGCUCAGUGCAACGCUACUCAUACUGGGGCAUUACGUGGAAGAGACCAAGGAGUGGAUCAAGGUACAGAACAUCUUAAGCAGGACGGGGAAGCAGUCUCUGCUGCAGCGUGUGGGGAGGUUUGACAUCGACAAAGUUGAUCCUGGUAUGGCCAUGGGGGCCAAGGAGAUCCUCAAGGACCUGACCCUCCAACAGGUCCGAGUGGUCAGUGCUGGAGCGGCCACCUUCUAUGUCUGGACAAAGGGGUUGAUUAAUGAGAUUGAGACGCGCAUGGGUGAGGACAUCCUAAACACAAGGCCCAAAACCAGAAGGCCCCGCAAAAACUGGGAACUGGCGCGAUCGCGAGCUCUGGAAAAACAGGGCAAGUUAUCUACCUUGAUAAGCGUGGAAUUGUAACGGCUUACUUGUCACACUAUCCUUAACCAUGCUACCUCCAAUGAAAUAAUGCUCAUACGUUUAACAAUGCGAUCUCAGCGUUUCAAUGAAGUUAUAGUUUAUUGUGAAUUUAUUGUAUUGUUACCUUAUCAUACCUACAAACAUCGUAUCAAAUAUCAUACCUUUCCUGGUGAGUGUAUAACAUCAAUAAACAGAUCAGAAUAAACAGAAUAUCAUUUACAAGCAAUAAGAAACAAUAGAUACACAGUUCUUUGCCAUUACCUUCUUAGAUAUGGAAGUUUUACGAAUGCUUCCAGCAGUGCUGAUUUCUCACCAGACACUUAGUUCUUCAUAGCUAUGUGGUCCAACGACUUGUCACACAAUAUCCAAAUGUUCAACAUUGUACAUUCACGAGCGUGAAAACAAGGGUUUAACAUGAGAAAUAUUUGCAUGCAUUAAUCCGUCCAUAAAUAUUUUGUUAUAUGCCAACUGUGAUAUUUUGUUGACUAUUUUCUACUUUUGUACCAAUACCUUGUUAAAUUUAAAAACUAUAUACAUGUAAAUGAAUGUGCGCAUAAUAACCCCUGUUGUUACUGUUUUAUGUUUGUAAUUAAUGUGUAAUGGACAUCAAUUGUCAGUACAUCCAAGUAGUUUCCUAUACAGUAAAAUACGUUUAUAACGAACAUGCUUAUAACGAACUGACGGAUAUAACGAACUUUAUUUUUGGUCCCGGCCAUUUGCUGUAUAGAUGUUGUAUAUAUGCUUAUAACGAACUACGGUUAUAACAAACCAAAAUUAGUGGUCCAUUUGAGUUCGUUAUAACCGUAGUUUACUGUACCCUGACAUACCCGUUUCACUGUACGUUUGGUCACGUUUGUUAUAACUGAUGACUUUGCUUCCUGUAUCAUGCUAUGUGUUGCAUAUAUGCAAAUACAUCUUUCAAGAUUUUGCAUAUUUUGUCCUGUGAUACCAGGGUCAGGUAAUUAUCCUCUGUCACUCCUAUCUCAUGACAUAUUUCUCAAGAUAUUAAACAGCGCAGAAUGCUUAGAAGGGUAUAAUGUGUACAACUCUCAAUCGAAAAUAAUUGUAUAAUGAUUAAAAUUUAAUGUGUGAGCAAAUUUUGUUAGUUUAUCAUAAUUAAAAAAACCAGGUUUGAUUGUUCUGGUCCUUGUUAUUUACCUGUUGUACACACAAGAUACACAUGUAGUGACAAAUCUAACUUUCGCACUCCCCCAAUUCAUAUUCCGAGUUUGGAUAAGCCAUUGAACUUGUU